AGAGGCAAAGUUAACUUCCCCGAGCAGCCAGGCCGCCCAGUCUGGGGAUGGCUAAGCCCGGGAUGGCCGCGUCUCGGGCCUUCCCGUUGCUGGUCGAGGGAUCCUGGGGCCGCGACCCUCCCAAGAAUCUGAGCACCAAGCUGCAGUCCUAUUUCCAGAGCCGCAAGCGCUCCGGAGGCGGCGGGGAGUGUGAGGUCCGCAGAGACCCCGAGAGCCCGGGGCGCUUCCUGGUGCUCUUCUCCGAGGACGUUCGACAGACAGUUCUGCAAAAACCAAAUCACGAGUUAGUCUUGCCAGGAAAAGGGACGUACCAGUUAACAGUCCAGCUGCCCACCACUCCGGAUGAAGUCCCAGAUUCUAAGGAGAAAAUUCCAACACGUUUUGAAUCCAAGACCAAAGAAGAUGUCAAAGAACCAGGUGUGUCAGAAGAGGUGGAAGAUAUCCCAAGAGAAUGUGAACAUGUUCCCAGUUUGGUGGCAUUUGAAAACCUCCACACGAAUGUGACUGACAUGAUGUUAACCUUGUUAGUGGAGAACGUAACUGGCCUGACCAGUGAUGACUUCGAGGUGGAAAUAAUACGAGAUUUUGCUGUUGCUGUGGUUGCCUUUAAAAAGCACACAGACACUAUGAAAUUUGUUUCUGACUGUGCCAGUCAUGAUUUGAGUGAAGGACUUUAGUUGUCUCCAAGACUUCUAGAAGAAACAAAAACAGUCCGGGUUGAAAACGUGCCCCCUGAUGUUGAUGACUACCAGCU